CAUGUACUGGGCGUACUCUAUGUCAGGGCCCUUCCCACCUCCUGAAGCUGUGCUUGAUCUCUGCGGAGUCGCUUGUUAGUUCUCGGGACAGACGAGAUGGCGGGUGUGUUUUUGUGCCAAUGGAGCAGGCUGAUACUUACGGUACUGCUUUAAGGUGCCUUCAUUGCCCUUAGGAUAAGCAGGAGAACUAGACUGCGCUGGAAUCCCUAGCAUUUAAAACACGAACUAGUCGCUUUUGACAAAAUCAAAGAAAAGAAUAUGUAAGUUGUUGUUCUUCAAAACUCCAGGCCAAAAUUCUCAGGGAGCAAUGGACAGGAAUAAGCGCAACUCUAUAGCUGGAUUUCCUCCUCGUCUGGAGCGCAUUGAAGAUGGUGGAAGAGAUGGAGGCAUAGCUCAGUUGGGAAGGGUUUAUACAUCAUCCUACAGCGCUCUCAUUAGUGCCUUCUCCCGAUUAACACGACUCGAUGACUUCACUUGUGAAAAAAUUGGCUCUGGAUUCUUCUCUGAGGUUUUCAAGGUGCGCCACAGGACAUCUGAUCAAGUUAUGGCUUUGAAGAUGAACAAACUCAGCAGUAAUCGAGCCAAUAUGCUGAAGGAGGUGCAGCUUAUGAAUCGUUUGUCCCAUCCCAAUAUCUUAAGGUUUAUGGGGGUAUGUGUUCACCAAGGGCAAUUGCAUGCUCUCACUGAGUAUAUUAAUAGUGGCAACCUUGAACAGUUGUUGGAUAGCAACCAACACUUGACUUGGACAGUGCGGGUAAAACUGGCUCUUGAUAUUGCUCUGGGGCUUGCUUAUCUUCACUCCAAAGGGAUCUUCCACCGUGACCUCACAUCGAAGAACUGUUUGAUAAAGAGUGAUGAAAGCGGAUAUUCUGCUGUAGUGGCAGAUUUUGGGCUGGCAGAAAAAAUCCCAGAUUACAGUGAGGGAAGUGAGAAGCUUGCUGUUGUUGGGUCACCUUACUGGAUGGCCCCAGAAGUUCUGAGAGAUGAACCCUAUGAUGAAAAGGCAGAUGUGUUCUCCUAUGGUAUAAUCCUUUGUGAAAUAAUAGCCCGGAUACAAGCAGACCCUGAUUAUCUGCCACGCACAGAGAAUUUUGGCUUGGACUACGAUGGCUUCCAGCACAUGGUGGGAGACUGCCCCCCUGACUUCCUUCAGCUCACAUUCAACUGCUGCAAUAUGGACCCAAAACUCCGUCCUUCCUUUAUAGAUAUUGCAAAGCAGCUUGAGAACAUUCUAAAUCGUUUAAGAAAUGAGGAGGCAGAAAGGGAGAGAAAAGAUCUGAGUGAGAAUAACAUAGAGCCCAAACCCAUCUCUCUCGCUAAAGGGCCCAAUGACAAAUGCCAGGGGGUAAAGCGCCUGAUUUCUAUGGUGCCUCAGGAUGACAAAAUUCCUCAGAAGUCCCCACGCCCCAGAAGAAACAUUACUUUAUCCCGCAGCCAGUCUGAUAUAUUUGCACGUAAGCCACUGCGGAAGGUCAAUGUGCAGGACCCAUUCUACACUCCCAGCAAGGGAGCUGUGCGCAAAGUUAAUCCCUUUAGUGCCAGGGAAGACUUAAAAGGAAGGAUCAAAUUCUUUGACAUGCCUAGCAAAUCUGUUAUUUCUCAUGUGUUUGAUUUACAUUCACCCAAAAGAGAUGGGUCUCUGGCGGCAGGAACAAGUGGACAGAUAAGGCAGCUAUUAAGUCAGGACAUCGUGGACUUCUCUAUCAUUCCCCGAAGACGUUGCAGAUCCUUGCCGGUAUCUCCUGAGCUUCUUAGAAAGGAUUGCACAAGUUCAGGGCUCUCCUGUACUGUUGGCAAAUUUGAUCCUGCACAACUUGGGUCUGAGGUACGACAGAAGCUCCUCUCAAGUGUCAAGUAUAGUGUACAGGAUAUACCUCCAUUUAGGCCAAGAUCUCCAGAGUAUUUGCAGGCAAAUGAUGAGGAUAUGGAUUGCACCGAUGCAACUUUCACACAGGAAGCAAAUGGCUUUUGCCCUGGCAGAACUGAGAAUAAAGUGCAGGCGUACUAUAACCAGCUGCUGGUCAGUAAUAAAAAGCAUGCACACUGCUCUCAAAAGUCGCUUAAUUCAUAUUCUGAGGAGGAGAACUCCUUUGAUUUGUUCUCGAGCUCUGAAGCUAUGGAAAUCGAGGAGGAAACGAGCCAGAAUCUUUCCACUGCUUUGUCGGCCUCCUCUAUCAGCUUUAGUAGCCCAACCAGGGUUGGAGGUGUCACGUUGCUACCUUUAGAGAAUACUGUUGCAGAUAGCAAGGACUCUCCCUCUUUGUCCAGCUGCAGGAUUCUGCAAAGCACUGUUAAAAUGUGACUUUUUGCAUUUCUUCCUGUGUUGCUUAUUGAAGCGUCCAGAGCUGCUUCUGGGGUUUACGUGGUAAUUAAUUUUGCCUACAGGUUAUUGUUGCAGAACAUGGAUACAACAUAGGAUUUGUAUUAUAAAUGAAAGUGUGAAUGGGCUUUUUUUUUUUUUUUUUCUGGUCAAUACUAAUCUGAAUUCAAACACCAAUCAUGGCUUUCUUUAAAUAUGUUGGAAGGGAUCCUGCAUAAAUGAUUAACCCUGUUUUGCCAGAGCUGCAGUCCCCCAAAUUUUGUUGCAUUGCAACUAACCACCCAUGCUUUUGCUGGGAUUUCUUUGGGACGGCACAGUUUAGAAAAUGGCCACUGUUAGUGGGUCUUUCCAAUCCACCCCAUUAACCCUGUCUCCUUCUCUGUGCAACACUUGCUAGUGCAUCCCCCAGCACCCAUAGGUUUUUGGGGCUGUAGCCUGUCAGCUACACGGACAUAGACAACUUCUUGCUGCCUUGGUAGCACCUAAUUAAAGCACUAGCGUAAUGAGUUUAGUAAAUUGUAACUCUGCGAUGACACUGUUUCAUUGCCACUGUUAAUUGUACAGUGUUUUAAGGUAUGUUUUGUUUUGCUUUUAACUUCACAUGCUGUUUAUAAAGACAGACCUAAGGGCUAUGUCUUAAGUUCUGCUGUAAAUUAGGUGUUUGUGCACACAUGCAUGCACGUGUGUUGUAUACAAUGAUGUUUACAGUUACAAAGCUUAUGAAAACUAUAUACCAUGUAUAUAGGAAGCCAGAGGGGAUAUCUGCCAUAUUUAUAUUUCUUGGUAAAAAGGUGGUGGCUAGCAUUUAUUGUCAGUAUUGUGGUUUGUGUGUGUAGUCAGAGUUAACAAAAAGGCAAGUGGUCUCAGCCGCAGACCAGUCACCUGUGGCACACACAGCAGUUUCUUUGGUGUCAUAUUUUUCCUAGUGGAAAAGCACCAUAACGUCACAUUUGAAUUGAAAACACCUGAGCUAGAGGAGGCUUGGGCUGCAUUGGGCACUUUUUUCCUGGACAAAAUAUGAAGGCAGAAAAAAUGCACCAUGUGUAAGGACCUGAACAGAAAGAUAAGAAAUUACAUAUAACAAUAAUUAUUCAAAUCUAGCUACAUGCUGUCUCAUAUCAGUGUUUCCCAGCAGGUUUAUAUAUCUCAUAUGGUGGAAAUUUUCAUUUCAGGGGGUUGUGGUGACCCAACAUCAAAUAUGGACCCACCCCCGCUAUUAAGUCUCCUAUUUUUGAAUCCCUGUCCUAGCCAGUGACAAACCAAGGAACUAGAUAGCAUUUGCAUGUUGGAGAGAGGUUGAACAGCUAACUAAAAAUGAGUGAAAAAUAACUCUUGAUUAGAAUACAGCCAUCUUCAAAUUAAAGGAUGUGGCACAUGGGGCAUUUUAACUAUUGUCAUCCAGUACUAGACAAAACUCCUUUGUCUGCCAUUGAUCUUAAUGCUAUUGAAUGAAAAGCAGGCUAAAGAAAGAGAAGCUGCCAUCUUUUCCCGCAACUUUCUCUUUCUUCAGCCUGCUUUUGCUCCAUAGCUCUAACUUCAGCACGCCUUGCAGUGAUGCAGCAGCAGGAAGUGAUGCAGUCUGGUGAGACAAACUUCCUGUUACUGAGCCAAACUAACCAUGCAGUUUCAUUCUGUCAGCCAUCACUGUGCCUGAUUCAGCAGUCAGCAUAGAGAAUAAGCCUGUGCCUAGGCUGGCACUUAUGGCUUAAUUAUGCCUUUUGUGUUUGAGCCUGUGGAUGCAAGACUAAGAUUAUAUGCUGCUCCUUCUUAAUGAAUGUAGGCCAAGUGUUUUUCUUUUCCUGGUAAGAAAGUUUUUAAUUAGGUGCUCUUUUGGGCCUA